AUGGCUAGUAAAAGAACAAGAUCGGAUGCUUUUUUAGCUGCAUCGAAUCAUUGGAAUAAGAAACCAAAACCACAUAAGGAAGAAGAGAAAGAAGCAAAGCCAAAGGAUGUGCCAGAAGUUAUUAAUAUAUCAUCAGACGAUGAAAGUAUCACCGAAAUUAAACCAAAAUCAUCUCCAAUUAAAUUAUUUUAUAAUCCAAGUUAUCAUGAAAAUCUAAAAUCAAAAGUGAAUAAGGAUUGUAUUAAAAUAACAGACAUAGUUGGAUCUCCAGAAUUAACUGAAACAUAUCAAUUCAAUUUCAAUGUGGACUUACCUUAUUUCCUCAAAUUUCUCGAUAAAUCAUUCAUAAAUAAACGUAAACCAAUCACAUUCAUAACCGGAUCACAAUUAUUAGAUCCCUCAUUUGAAGAAACAAGUGAAAUUAAAUCAAAGUUUAAUAUUUCUGAGGUUAUUGCAUCCUUACCUAAUAGAUACGCAUCACAUCAUACUAAAAUGAUGAUUAAUUUUUAUGGAGAUGAUUUAGAGGUGGUAAUCAUGUCUGCUAACAUUACUCAAAUUGAUUUUAUUGGAUUGACUCAAAUGGUAUGGAGAUCAGAGAAACUAAAAAAAGGAAAGACUACAACUACUCGAGGUAAGAAAUUUCAAAAUGAUCUAAUUGCAUAUUUGAAAACAUACAAGAAAUCAAACAUUACAAGUUUAGCUUCUAUUUUGAAAGAUUAUGAUUUUCUGUCUGUUACUGUUGAAUUAAUUGCUUCUAGUCCCGGAAAGUAUGAUAUUGAUAAAGAUGAGGAAAUAUACGGAUAUGGAAAAUUAUAUAAAACAUUACAAGAACAUGAUUUAUUGCUUAAUAAUACUGAUAAAAGUAAGAAGUAUAACAUCCUAGCUCAAACAUCAGCUAUUUCAUAUCCUAUAUCAAUUGAAAAAUGGUCAACUGGAGGAAUUCUCUCACAUUUAAUAUGUCCUUUAAUUUUUGGAAAGAAUAACUUCAAGUUGUUAGAACCCAGUGGCUCAAGUUUUAAAAAUCAUCAACAUCAACAUAAUUAUACACCCAGUAUUGUGUUUCCCACAGUUGAUGAAGUUGCAAAUAGUAAUGUUGGAUAUUGGAGUGGACAAGCCUUACAUUUCAAUUACACACAAUCAUUCAUUCAUAAAAAUUACUAUACACAAAAUUUAAAACCAUAUUUGAAACGCUGGGGAUCACAUCAAUUAAUCACCGGUAGGGAAAAAGUGAUGCCCCAUGUCAAGAUAUAUACUAUUGAUAAUGGAGAUAAUUUCAAUACACUUAAAUGGGUAUAUAUGGGACUGCAUAAUUUAUCAAAACAAGCAUGGGGUAGUCGAAAGGGAAAUAAAUUUACUAAUGCUGAUCCAAGGGAAUAUGAACUAUCCAGCUAUGAAUUGGGUGUGUUGAUCAUACCUGAGAAAGAUGAGGUGAUAAAACCUGUGUAUAUGAAAGAUACAAUUGAUGAGGUUGGUGUGUUGCCUGUUAGAUUUCCUUUUAGGGUUCCUUUGACUAGUUAUUCUAAUGAUGAUUUGCCGUGGAGUGGUAAGGUUGAUUAUGGAGAUAAAGAAGAUUCACAGGGGAUGAAGUAUAAUUUAGGGUAA